GCUGUUGCCCCCACAGAUCCUCCUCAGCUGGCGGGUAACUGCCCUGAAUCAAAGAAACGUAAAAGUUGGAUCCCCUUUAGAGGACACUGCUAUACGUUCAUGACUUCCAUGAGAGACAGCUGGGCUCAUGCCACAGUAGAAUGUAUAAGAAUGGGUGCAUCUCUAUUGAGUAUUGAGGAUCCAAUAGAAUCACAGUUUAUCCGACAAAACCUGGAGAUCCUGCAGGAUGAAGUCAAGUCAGUCUGGAUUGGACUUCACCGCAGUCAUAUGGGUGAUUGGAUGUGGAUUGAUAAUACGGUUGUGGAUUACACAAACUGGAAACCGCGGAUGCGGGAUAGUGUUGAAAAUUGUGUUGAAGUUCAGUCAAACACUGGGAUGUGGAGCACCAACAGCUGUAAUAAUCGGAGAGCUUAUAUCUGCAAGACUGCUAAAGUUAUACCACCAACAGAGAAGCCAUCAGUCUCAGAUCAUCAGAUAGAUGAGAAGUCUCAUGGAUCAGCUGGCAUCGCUGUAGGCAUCGUGUUGGUCAUCAUCGCUCUUGUGGGUCUUGCCGGGUUUCUGUUCUGUAAGAGAAAUCCCAGGCCUGUGAUUGGACAGUGUACAUUUGACAACAGACUCUAUAACAACUCUGAUCCCUCACGGCCACCUACAACUAUUGAUACUAAAGGACUUGUUGCCAACAUUGAACAAAAUGAGCACGCUUAACACAAAUUAGAAAAUAUAAGCAAUAUAUACUGUUAAAGCAAAUGUAUGCAAAUUAGUCUCACCUUCACUUUUUCGCUAUAGAUUCUUCAUCAGCAGUUCCAGACACAUAACUGGACAGCAAAAUCCUCAGAGUUAAACAAACACUGCUGGGUGUAUAUAUUGUCCCAAUCUUACAGAAUGUUGAAAAGUAACACUGAAGCAGAAUUAAAAGCUGCAGUCUGUAACUUAUUCUCUCUAAGAUAUUAAUCUUAGGUUUAAAUGUUUGCCGUUCCA